AUGGCAUGCGAAUAUCGGGCGAAUCCAGUUUCAGACAACAAAGGAGCGCUAGCUUGUGAAUAUCGCGGAAAUCCACCACCAGGUUAUAUUGUACCUUUUAGUCGUUCAGAUUUUUACUGUGAUCCUGAUAACUGUAAUUUUGUUACUGUAUUCAUCAACUUUGCCCAAAAUGCGAGAUAUCGGAUAGACGACCCUGUUACAGUUCCUCAGGGAGCACCAAAAAUCACCACUUAUUUGCCAGACACGACUAAAAAACGAAUUCCUCUUGGAGUGAUACUUGCGGUAGCGAUAGGAGUGCCUGUCAUCCUUGUCCUAUGUCUUUUUGGUGCCGUUUGGCUGCAAGAGCUCGGACUUAUAUAG